AAAAAAAAAUAUUAAUGAAUAAUUAUAUAAAAACAAACGGUGAUUUUAUAACUAAAAAAAAGUUUCACUUCUAACCUAAAUUCCUGGUGAUUGGAUACCGGGAAAAAGCCGUUACUGCACAUGUAACUUUUCAAUUAAACAGGCUUUUAGGUCACUUUGUUUAAUUAUUUAUUUAUUUAUUUUAAUUUAUUUAUUAUUUGGACAAUUGAAAGAAUUUUAAUUGGUCACUCAUUGAAUUAUGUUAUCGUGAUCAAUAUACAGAGGAUUUUUUAUUUUUAUUUUUUUAAAUACAUCAACAUAAUCCAGAAAAGUACAAAAAUAAAACUAAAAAAAUGUGGCCAGAAAACGUCGGAAUAAAAGCAAUAGAACUGUACUUCCCAGCGCAGUAUGUAGACCAGGUCGACCUGGAAAAGUACGACGGAGCGUCAGCAGGCAAAUACACAAUAGGACUAGGCCAAUCGAAGAUGGGUUUCUGCAACGACCGUGAAGACAUAAACUCUCUGUGCUUGACAGUGACUCACCGACUGUUAGACCGUAACAACAUAAAGCCGAGCGAGAUCGGGCACCUGGAGGUGGGCACUGAGACAAUAAUCGACAAGAGUAAGUCAGUAAAAUCAGUGCUGAUGCAGCUGUUCGAGCCCCACGGCGCGACGGACAUCGAGGGCGUAGACACCACCAACGCCUGCUACGGAGGAACCGCGGCUGUGUUCAACGCGAUUUCCUGGGUGGAAAGCAGCAGCUGGGACGGAAGACUUGCCCUGGUAGUAGCCGCGGACAACGCAGUCUACGCGACUGGCAGUGCCAGGCCAACUGGAGGAGCCGGGGCGAUCGCAAUGAUAAUUGGGCCCAACGCGCCGCUGGUGUUUGACCGCGGACUCCGCGCUUCCUACAUGAAGCACGCCUACGACUUCUACAAGCCCGACCUGAGAUCUGAGUACCCAGUUGUUGACGGGAAAUUGUCCAUCCAGUGCUACCUCAGCGCUCUUGACAACUGUUACAAAAAAUACUGCGAGAAAGUUGGUAAAUCUUCUUCAACAGCUUCAACUUCUAAAAAUGUCACGCUUAAAUAUUUCGACGCUGUAAUUUUUCACUCGCCUUAUUGCAAGCUUGUGCAGAAGUCAUUCGCCAGGCUUGCUCUCAUUGAUUUUUUAAGAGGAAAAAAUUCUCCUGAAAAUUCACCUGAAACUCAAGAGCUAGAAAAAUUUAAGAACCUGAAGCUAGAGGACACUUAUUUUGAUAGAGACGUCGAGAAAGCUUUCAUGAAGACCAGCAACGAAGACUUUAAAGAUAAGACAGAGCCCAGUUUGUUCAUCGCGAACUUGGUCGGGAAUAUGUACACGCCGUCUGUUUACUCGGGACUCGUCAGCUUGUUGAUCAACAAGCCCAUUGAACAGCUCCUGGGUAAGAGGAUUGGAGUCUUCUCCUACGGAUCUGGCCUGGCUUCUAGUAUGUACUCGCUGACUGUCGGUAAUGAUAAGACAGCCGAGGAACAGCUCAGGAAGAUCUGCAGUAAUUUGGAGUACAUUAAAGUCCAGCUGGAUGCUAGAAAGUUAAUUACUCCUGAGGAGUACACGGAAAUACUCGCUAUGAGGGAGAAGAAUUGCCACACUGUACCCUACGAGGCUACUGCUAGCAUAGAUCCAAUGUUCCCUGGAACUUAUUACUUGGUUAAAAUUGAUCAAAUGCACAGAAGAAGCUAUCAACGUCUACCACUGAUCCAAUGAUUGUUAUUUUUAUUUAUAUGAUUAAUGAUAUAGCUAAAUGUUUUUUAUCGAGAUUGAAAAUUGGGAUAAGGACGACAAUUUUUAACUAUUAAGGUCACGUGCCUUGUAAAUGAAUUUCUUACUCAGUUUUGUAAUGAUUAAUUAGGUUAGAUUGUAUCAAUUUUUUUUAACAAAUUUUUAAACCGUCAUUGAUAUUGUUGAUUGACGUUUAUUGAUGUAUGGUAAUAGAUGUAUUUUUGAGGUUUUAUAAAUAUGCUUGAAAUUUUGUAUUAAUAUAUGAGAUUAUAAAUAUGAAUUUUAUUAUCGUUAAA